AUGGCUUUAUUUGAGAAGCGAUAUACGAAUAAAGUGCUGCUAGAUGAUACAGAAAAGCUGACGAGCGUCAUUGAAAAUGCAAGAACAAUCGACGGACACACGGAAUAUGUGAUUAAAACACAAAGAGGUCCACUUCCAGAGAAAUCUUGGAGAGUUAGCAGACGUUACAAUGACUUUGUACAGCUUAAUGCAGCUCUAUCAAUAUCAGGUAUUGACCUGGCUCUUCCUCCAAAGAAAAUUAUUGGUAAUAUGGAACCAGACUUCAUAGCUCAACGUCAAAUAGCUCUACAGAAAUAGCUUUGCAGCAAGUAUCACUAGCUUUACGCAGCGAUGCAAAUUUUGAAGUUUGUAAAGCCAUUCCUGAUAUGGGAUGGAGGUUGAGAAAACAUUAUUACACUGUAAAAAAUCGCCAAAAUCCCAAACAAGAGUUGUUACUUGCAUGGGUAGAAUUUGGUCCAGACAAACACUUGCAAGAUAAAGAUAUGCAAGGCGUUUUCAAAAGUUUAGGAACAUUGAAACAUAAUUAUAUAGAACCAAUUGUUUAUCAACACGUAACUGAAAACGGAGCUUUAAUGAUAAGAAAUUUUUAUCCAAUGGGUACAUUACGUGACAUUUUGUGCGUUACUAAACCUAAACAACCAUUCAUAAAGAAAUAUGGAAAUCCAAAACAAAUUAAAUCAUUAUCAGUGCCUGAAAUUGCCAUGUAUGGUUACCAGAUUUUGGAAGCUUUAGGAUUUCUUCAUGAAAAAGGCUUACCAUAUGGACAUUUACAUACAGGAAACAUUCUUUUGACUCAGAAAUGUGCAAAACUGUUGGAUAUAGAAAAUGGUCUCUUGGGUUUACCAGCGUUUUAUCGGCCUUAUGUUGUACAAAGACGUAAACUUCACGCUACGACUCAAGUAGAUAUUUAUUCAUUUGGACAUGUCUUAUACGAAAUGGCAUUUGCACGACCGCUAUUAGAAGCAACGUGUUCGGAAUUACCUUACUGCGAAGCAACCCUGAAAAGUCUGCUGGAGGUGAUACUUUCACCAGAAGCCCUAAAACAGGAUUUACCAACGGUGUCGCAUCUAUUGGAACAUCCGUUCUUUGACUCAACAAAACAUGCUGCAUUAGCUGUUGGGUCCAUGGAAAGACCACAUUUCAAAUUAAGUAGUCAUCUGAAAGAGGCCCUCCAGGAAGCAGUGAAUAAAGCAGAACAAAGACUAAAAGACGAACAGAAAGUGGCGAGACAUCAAAAGAGGCUUGUCAAAGUUCAGGAAAUGAUGAGCUCCGAAGAAGAGAUGAAAAAGCGAAAACAGAAACUGAAGAAAGAACAAAAAUUGGCUCAAGAACAACGUUCGGCAAAUCAGUUGAGCGCGAAUGGAAUGAAACACAUAAACGGCAAGAGCCCGGAGCGCUCGGAUAGUCCUACAAGUACUUCUACGGCGACUAGUGUUGGAACAUUAACACCACCAUCGCUGCGUUCUGUAGAUGUGCUGCAAGGUGAUGGAGUUCCUGCUAAGAGUACUGUACCACCACCUCCAUUACAAAUGCCACCACCUGCUGAUGUGACAAGUAAUCUCUCAAAGUUGACCAACGAACGAGCUGCUCUACUAGGAAGUAUUUGUAAUUUCAAUAAAACUAGUCUUCGCAAAGUUGCCAAUGAAUAUCAUUGA